GCGGACCCCACUCAGGGAUUGCAGCAGCCCUCAGCUCACUGGUCAUCUUCGCCUCUGCUGUUUUGCAGCCCAGCAGCUCCAUCAUGAUCGAGUUCUCUAAGGAACAGCAGGAUGACUUCAAGGAGGCAUUUCUCCUGUUUGACAGAACAGGUGAAAGCAAGAUCACCUUAAGCCAGGUCGGUGAUGUGCUUCGGGCUCUGGGCACAAAUCCCACCAAUGCAGAGGUCAAGAAGGUGCUGGGGAACCCCAGCAAUGAAGAGAUGAAUGCCAAGAAAAUCGAGUUUGAACAAUUUCUGCCCAUGAUGCAAGCUAUUUCCAACAACAAGGACCAGGGCAGCUAUGAAGAUUUUGUUGAGGGGCUGCGUGUCUUUGACAAGGAAGGCAAUGGUACGGUCAUGGGCGCUGAACUUCGCCAUGUUCUUGCCACCCUGGGUGAAAAGAUGAAAGAGGAAGAAGUGGAAGCCCUGUUGGCAGGUCAAGAAGACUCCAAUGGCUGCAUCAACUACGAAGCUUUUGUCAAACACAUCAUGUCUAUCUAAAUGGAGCUUUCAAGAACAAGCAUUGUUUAGGAAGACUGGCUGGAACCUUAUUUUAAGAACACCUAUGAUUGUCCAGAUCUACUUACCAUCAUUCAGUAAAACAAAAUAAUCUGGACCAUUCUAGACUGGAAGAAUCCCUGAUUUUUAUAUACCUUGAGUUUUUCUCUGAAUUGUAUUCACACCAAGCAAACCAGUUGUCUGCUGCAAAAGACAAUAAAAUACUGACUCUGUCAAAUCCAAGCACCAUUCUUUAUUAUCUGCUAGGGAUCAAGGGUCAACAAGAUCCUUAAAAAUAAUAAAAUCAAUAAACAAUUUUGGUCAGUC